AGCACAUUUCCGGAAUCAGAAUUUCACUUUCACUCGAUAAAACGCAAAAUACAAAGUUAAGAAGCUUAUUAAAGAUAGCCAUGUGUGAUGUCACGUGAUGAUGCAUAGCACUUGAUGUCUUUCAUGAACAACAAAAACAGCAGCUGAUAUGAAUUUUCACCCCAAUGCCAUGGCAACCCACCAAAUACCUGGUGCUGGUAGAAACUAUGCCUACAUAAGGCAACCAAUGGUUGGUAAUCCAGCAGGUCUUUCAGCAUAUCCUCUAAAUCUGAUGCAGGCAAUGCAACCAAGUCAGGCCGUUUUGUCUGGAAGCCCUAUGAUGCUCCAGCAUCCAAAUAUUGCUCAACCUGGCCAGGUCUUGUUGAGACAGGGGCAACCUUUACUUUUAAGACAACCUGGGACGAAUCUAUUACAGCAGCAAGCUCAAGGAUUUGUACAUAAUGGAAUGUCUGAAGUUCCUGUUAGUGGAAUGCUUAGUUCAAGAUAUAAUUUCACUCCACAGGGACAGAGUGGUAUUAAAGUCAAUGCCCUGAUUGGACCAAGGGUUAAUAUCAAUCCACAAGGACAAGCACAGUUAAUGAAUGCCAGGGUUAAUCUGAAUUCACCUCAACAGGCGGGUAAUGGUGCAUUGGUUAGGAAUUUAAUUGGAAACAACAUCCAGAUUCCAAGACCAGCAUUUGUCCUUCAAAAUGGUCAAAAUAUGUUUACAACUACUGUAAGCAGUUCAUCUCUACAGACUCAUACCGUGGUGUCAAGUUCAAGUGUGUCUCAGACAGAGGUAGUGCAGUCUGAAUCCAACCUAAGUCCCCAAGAAGAAAGUGCCUCCCCUCAUCCAACCAUAUCCACAGAGAAUAGUGGACUUAUCCCUGAAACCUCAAUCAGUUCCCCACCCUGUUCUGGUUCUACCACAGAAAAUCCAAGCAAUAACCUACAGUGUAGUGAAACUACCAUAGUGUCUGUUGCUGAUACAUCCCCAAGCAUUCAGGGAUCAAAACUUGUCAUUCCAACUGAAACCCGAGUUCUGCAUAGAGAAAAACCCUAUGAUAAAAUAAUACGCCCUAAUUAUAUUGCACUAACCGAUCCCAACAACCAUACAAGCAAUAAAAAGGAUUCAAAAGAUCUGUUGAUAGAAAGUUUGCAAAAAGAAUUACAGAGGCUUCAGAAGGAGAACUCUGAGCUGAAAGUGGAAAACCAGAGACUAAAAGGAAAAGAGCCUGAGCCAGAGAAACCGAGUGCAGCUACAUCCUCAGACUCGUUACUAGUCAGCGUAACCUCUGUCGAGGGGAUUUCAGCUACAGAGGAGGAAGAAAUUGAUGAAGAGGCAUUGUUAAAUACUGACAGUCAGACAGACAAGGACACAUUAGGUGCUAGUACUGCAAAUCCAGAAAAUUCAAUCAAGGAACAGAUCUCAGAUGAACAACACAACUCUGAUACACACAAAUCUGUUGUGGAAACAAACAGUGUUGUAACCAGUUCUCAGAAUCUGGUCAACUCAGAAUCUGACCUGUCUGCUGAAAAGAAAGAAACAGAGGUAUCAAAGAAUGGUGAAAAUGAAGUGAAGUAACUUUUCCCAUAGUCAUGACAGUCUUACAUUGAGAUUGCAAUAUGUAUAGACAUUGCCAUGAUAUUAUGUGAUUAGACACGAAUACAGCUCUCUGUAAAGUUUAUAUAGUUUGAACUUAAAUGUGCAUGUGCUCUUUGAUAAAUAUUUGUUGUUUUUACAAAGAUUGUUCAAUGUGAUAAUUCACAUUUAAAGUUUUCUUAUAUUUAUGAGAGAAAAUUGAAAGAUGUAUUUUUAUAUUUCAAUAGCAGUAGAAAAUUAUUCAAGCUUUCUGGUAGGAUUUAAUCAUCUUACUGACUUUCAGAUUAAAGCCUUGACAUUUCCAGGAACCUUUGAUGGUAUAUUUUAUUCUGAACUUAGCAAAUUCAUACUACACCUUCAGUUCAGUGUUAUGUAUUAGUGAAUUUAUUUGAGUCUUAAGCUUUGUUGUGUGUUGACAUUAAAUGUGGUAAUCAAUCACUUAAUAUUGGAUGGUUUUGAAUUGAAUAUUAUGGGCUUUUACAUGUUACUGUAAAUUCCUAAAUAUACGCGAGGAAUAAAUUAUCGCGUAAUUACGCGAGAAGCACCACUCGCGAAAUAAAAUUACUCGCUUUUAUUUUUAUGGUGCUUUAAUGUAUGUAAAAUCUCUAGAAAAAUCACCCAUUCGCGAAUUAUUGUUCUCGCAGUUUGACGCCCUUGGGCCACUUCGCGAUAUUAAGUACUCGUGUAAAAUAAGGAAUUUACAGUAUUGUAUACAUGUAUAUGUUUUGUACUAUAAAUGAAUAAGGACAAUGUCAGAAAAGUACAGAAAUAUUAAUUUCAUGGUUGACAAUUGUUGAUUAAUUAUUAUUACUACUUAAUCAUGUAUAGGUAUUGAUGAAACCCAACAUUUGUGAAGAUGGGUGAUAAAUAUUUUUAAAAUAUCUUUUUAUAAACUUAGCUGUGAUGAAGUGGCCACAGAAUUCCAGAUGUGAUCCAUCAUGUUUUCUUUUCGUGUGAAGAGCCUGUAAGCUAGUUCCCAGUACAGUUAAGCAGAAAUAUAGCAAACCACCAUUAUGCUUUGUUGUGUCAGCUAUCCACUUUAUCUAAUUAAGAGAGAGAAAUAACCCUUUGCUCUGAAAAAUAAUUCAAUUAUGACAAUUUUCAAAGAGAAGAUGUAUAUAAUAUAAAGAUAAAAUUCCAGCAAAUUUAUUUUAUCCAAUAGGACAACGUUUGAGAUAAAUCAUUGUUAAAGAUGAUAAUUUAUAUCGUAAAUAGUUAUCUGUAGAUGUUAUAGUUACCUUUCUUUGCACAGGGUUAUUUGUCCUUAAUGUUUCAUUAUUUGCCUUUCUUGGUAAAAAAAAAACUUUCUUACAAGCAUAGUGCUUAUUAUAAGUGUGUUUUGCCAUUAACUUGUUGUACCAUACAUUUUUUUUUAUCUGAUUGUAUCAGAUUAUUUCUGGAUUUGAUUUAGAAUUUUCUUUUAACUAG